GCUUGCGCGGAGAGUGGGCGGAAGCCCAAGGAAUAUACAGCUUCCAGCAAUGGCUGACGGAGGCUGCACACCUUUGGCCCGGGCGCUCCUGCAGCAGUGCCUGCACGCCCGAUUACAAGUUCGCCCAGCCGAGCAAGACGCCGCGGCUCAGUGGGUGGAGAUUCAGAGAGGAUUAGUGAUCUAUGUGUGUUUCUUCAAGGGAGCUGACAAAGAACUUCUUCCCAAAAUGGUUAAUACACUGUUAAAUGUGAAGUUGAGUGAAACAGAAAAUGGCAAGCGUGUCUCUGUACUGGAUCUCCCUGGCAGCGUUCUUAUCAUCCCUCAAGCCACCCUUGGGGGCAGAAUAAAAGGAAGAAACAUGCAGUAUCACUCUAACUCUGGAAAAGAAGAAGGAUUAGAACUUUAUUCUCAAUUCGUGUCUCUAUGUGAAAAAGAAUUAGCUGCUAACAGCAAGUGUGCUGAAGCUGGGGUUGUAGUGGAACAUGGCACUUACGGGAAUAGGCAGGUAUUAAAGAUGGAUACCAAUGGACCUUACACACACCUAAUUGAGUUUUGAAAAAUUAAAAAUUAAUUUCCACAACAGUUUUCUAGUGUAUAAUGAUCUGAACUAUAAUUUCCUUCCCCUUCGUUUUAAAUAUAAUAAUCUGCAACUUUUUUUUCUUUGUUGUAGUGGGGAUUGAAUCUAGGGUCAGGUAGACACUAUGCAAGUGCUCUAUCACUGGGCUAUAUCGCCACCCACAGUCUGCAGCAUUUUUAGAUAAGAACAUCCUGGGUCCCCUAAACUACUGCAAAUUGCUAAUUAGAUGACUUUGCCAAAUCACCUAGGCUCUGGAUCUCAAUCUUUUGUCCUGCUUUCCUCCACCUUUCCCCUUGAAAACUUGAAAAAUGCUGUCUGUUCAUUUCACUGUCACUAAAAAAAUCUUAAGCAUGAUUUUAAAAUGAUGAAAUGGGAGCCGGGGAUUUAGCUCAGUGGUUUCACCGCCUGCUGCGUAAGCAAAAGGACCCAAGUUCGACCCCCAGUACCAAAUAAAUAAAUAAAUAAAUAAUAAAAUAAAAUGAUGAAAUGUAUAUAAUCAAGAAAAAUAACAUUUCUUAUACCCUCAAAUAUAUGCAUAUGUAAUAAAAAUAAAUGUUUGUGUUAAAAUUAAGUAAAAUCCAGCAAAAAUUAUAACUUGGCCAAUUUUAUUUUACUAUUUCAAAUUUCUGGUUUUGUCGUUGUUGCUUUGUGGGAGUGUUGAACCCAGGGCCUUUGCAAUAAAUUACAUCUCCAUCCUUUUUAUUAUUUUUUAUUUUGAGACAGGGUCUUGUUGCGUCACGAAAUUGUCCAGGCUGGGCCUGAAUUUGCCUCCCUCCUGCAUCAGUCUUCUAGAAUGUCGGAAUUACAGGCAUGUACCACCAUGCCCAGCUAAGUUUUUUUGUUUGUUUUAGAUUGUUUGUUUUCCAAGGCUUUGUUGUUUUUUUGGCUUUUUUUUUUGCUUGGUUUGGUUUGGUUUGUGGUGCUAGGGAUGUAACACAGGGUCUCACAUGUGCAAAGCACAUAUUCUACCAGUGAGCUCCAUUUCCAGCUCAGUUCUCUAUAUUUUGAAUGAAAGAAUAUAUGACUCACUAUUCCUUUUUAUUUCUAUGAAAAUGUUAUAUGGUAAUAUUAUGUAUUGUAUUACUUUCCAUGGAUAUCCAAAUGGUUUAUUUUAAGAAUCUUUAAUACCCUAUAAAUAUAUAUAAUUAUUAUGUGUCAAUUAAGAUUUUUUGAUGUUGUUUUGAGACAGGGUCUCACUAUGUAGGUCAGGCUAGGCUUAAAUUCACCAUGUAACCCACACUGGCCUAAAACUCAUGGCAAUCAGCCUUCCUGCCUCAACCUCCUGAGUGGUGGAAUUACAGGAGUACACCAUCACACCUGACAAGGUUAUUUUAAAAUAAAAAAAAAAAUCUUUAGUUCAUAUAGGAAUAAGGUAUAGAAUAUUCAUAAUUGUUUUUAUUAAGCAUGCCCACAAAGAUAGAUUAGUAUUAGGGGGCUGGGGAUUUAGCUCAGUGGUUUCGCCACCUGCUGCGCAAGCGCAAGGACCCAAGUUCGAUCCCUGGUACCAAAAAAAAAAGAUAGAUUAGUAUUCUUUUUCUCAGUUUUUACCCAAACCAUAUAUGUCACAAUUUCCAUCUUUGGUUUUUAAAAAAUUUCAUAGAAUUAAUGCUAGUUCAUAAAACUUUUUAGGAAGUUCUUUUCCUGUUGAAUUAGAUUGAUAUUGAAGGAAGAAAAAGGAAAACUUUCUACAAGAGUAGUUUGCUUUUAAUUAAAUUGUAUCAAUUGUUUUUAAUCAGUUUUUCAUCAGCCUGAUGAUUUGGAGCCAUUUUGAGUUUUUCUGUUAGUACAUGUUACAUACUGACAUUAUUGUCCUCCCCCAAAUUCAUAUGUGCACAUCCUAAUCCCCAGUGUGAUAGUAUUUCUACUUGAGGCCUUUGGGAGGUGAUCAGAGUUGAGAUGAGGUCAUGAAGAUGGGGCCCACCUGAUGGGAUUAGUGCUGAAGACAGGAGAGUGCCAGCUGUUUCCUCCCACCAUUUGAGAAGGUAAUGAGGUGUCCAUCACAAGCCAGGAAGAAUCCUCCCCAGAAACAGACCACACUGGCACUUUGAUCUGGAACUUUGAGCCUCCAGAGCUGUGAGAAUUACAUUUCUGUUGUUUAAACCACAGUCUUUUGAGCUGACCCAGACAGUGACAUAAGAUAAAGUGGCUAACACGCUUUUUAAAAUCAAGAGAGAGAAGUAUAUAAGAAAUUGAAAGAAUAAAUAAGUCUGUAAAAGGUAGUAUGUUUUUGCAAACUCAUGUGACUUAAAAAUAUUUUUAAGAGUGGAAAAUUCAUUAAACAUCCUGAGUAGCUGCUGAAAA